CAUUUCUCUCCAAUUUCUCAGACUAACCAGCCAUUUCCCGUUAGCCGCGUCUUUCGCCGCCCACCUGAAAGAAAUUAUUUUCAAUCAUGGCGACUCUAUAAAAUUAUCUAUUUUUAAUUUCUUUCUAUAAAAUUAUCUCUCUCUUCUUUCUCCGGCCUCGCACCCAAUUUGGUUGCUUCCCUCCUUUCUUGGUUCUCUUCCUCUUUUCCACCAGUUUUUCUUUUCCUUUUAGAUUCAAAGCAAAAAUGAGCGCGUAUAAGCGCGUGGUUCAAUUUGGGUUAAAUGCAUAUUCAAGUUCCCUUGUGAAUGGGACCGGGCAUCGGCCGAUUUCUCAACUCGUUAAGUCCAAUGGAAAGCGUGCAUUUCUCGUCGAUACAUUGGCUCUGGUUCGAAGUUUGGAAGCGCAAGGCGUGCCUUCUAAACAAGCGGAGGCGAUAACGGCUGCUAUCACCGAAGUACUAAACGACAGCUUGGAGAAUGUAUCCCAUUCUUUUGUUUCGAAGUCAGAAAUGCAGAAAUCUGAAAUGCUCCAAGAAGCCAAUUUAUCGAAGUUUAAAUCGGAAGUAAAAAGUUCCCAGGAACAUCAUUUCUCUAUGUUGCAGCGUGAAACUGAGAAACUUAGAGGUGACAUAGAAAAGAUGCGAAGUGAACUAAGGUAUGAAAUUGACAAGGUUACUGCUGGGCAGCGUCUGGAUCUAAAUCUUGAAAGAGGGCGCAUACGUGAUGAGCUGGCCAAUCAGAAUGCAGAAACGACCAACCUGACUAACAAGCUAGAUAGGGAAAUUCAUGCAUUAAGAGCCCAGUUAGAAGCUGCAAAAUAUGAUGUGAUCAAGUAUUGCAUAGGUACCCUCGUCUCCAUAUCUGCGGUUGGAUUAGCUGUAGUCCGAAUCUUGAUGUAGCCUCAAACCUGCUUCAAGUAAUUCCAACUUUUCCUACAUAAAUCCCAAAUUUCAUUUUAUUUUUCUGGCGACUGCAUUUCUUGGGGAGUAAAAAGGGGUGGAAAUUACUUUAGAUUUUCGUAUAAUUGGCAAGGAAUGACAAAUCCGGGUUGAUUGGAACAAUUAUUUGUGCUUCUUUUAGGAUUAAGCACGGCUUAUUCUGCAAACUCCUUUUUUCUUGAUAUGUUUUAUUAUGUCAUUUUUAGGGAGGCAAAGUUAAGGAUAUAUAACCAAAGAUUAUUGCUAGCCUAGGCAAUGGUGCAAAUGUAUGUAUUCUUCAGAGUUGGCUUUUCUUUUA